CGCUGGAAACACGAUCUUUUCGGCAUUAUCUCUCGAAGCAGUCGCGUUGUUCUAAUAAAUUUUCAAACAGUUUUUAUCUCAUUUAAAUCUCUAGAAUAAAGCAAAAUGUGAGCAAAUACAAACAAUCACAUCAAAAAUUUGUCAAACAAUUUAUUGUUUAUAAACUUGUACAUAACUUUUUCUUUAGUGUAAAACUCAGUGUAAUCAAAAAACUAUUCUCAGUGUUUCAGUAGAAUUAAUAUUAGUGAUAUGGUGUCAGUAGAAUAUUUAGCGAUUUUAAACGCGCUAAGAACAUUUAUUAUUAGUGUUAUAAGUAGUAAAACUUUGUUAUUCGGUUUAAGUGGGGUAUUUUUUACUUUCGCUCAAGUGGACGAUACCCUUCCACGAUUUUUUGAUAUUCCGCCAAAAUCGGAGUACUACAAAACUUACGCCAAAAAUAACUUCACAUUCAGAUGUCCAGGUGCCAACGAAAAUACAUUAGUGGAAUAUUUAGAGUGGCAUUCGGAAUCGAAGCACAAAAAAGUGUUAGAGUUCCAAAAGGAUGCCGGAAUUACGUACUAUAACGAAUGGAAAGAUAGGGUCUCGAUGGAUAAAGAUUAUGGCUUAAUAUUUCGUAACGUUACGUCCGCAGAUAGUGGAGAUUAUAUUUGUCUGAUAAAUCAUCGUCUUUUACCUGAUGUUAUGCUUAGAUUUACUGUUAUAGAUGUUCCUGAUCCACCUGGCCGUCCAUUGAUCACUUUCUUCUCGUCCAGGGCAGCCAACCUUUCUUGGGCUCCUCCGAAAGGCAUCAACCUCAGCCAAAUAACGCACUAUACGGUUGUUAUCAGGAAACAUGAAGAGAGGCCUGAUUUAGAAGAUGAAAGCAUGGCCAAGAGCACAAAUUUCACCAUCAGGAGAGUGAAUACUACGAACAGGGAGCCCUCGUUCCAAGUGAAAGGUUUGAGGCCCUACACAGUUUAUAGCUUCCAGAUAAUAGCAUGGAACGCAAUCGGUCCUAGCAAUCCUAGCAAACCCUCUUAUUUUAUGGUCACUUUGCGAGAACUUCCAGAGGCCCGCAUUCCCUUUACGGCUCGGAACAUGUCCUCGACAUCGGUGUUCAUCAGUUGGGAACCUCCAGACAUCGAUUUGGUUAACGGCGAUUUCCUUGGUUAUCGCUUAACUUGGAUGCAACUCAACAAUCCUAAAAUUACUCAAGAGAAGUAUAUCCGAAAUGCCAGCGUUACAAAACACAUAAUCGCAAACCUGCUGCCUCACACCGAAUACCACGUCGGCCUGAGCGUAUUCAACCCCGAGGGAUACGGUCCAAAUACUACAUUACUAAUAAUUACAGACGAAGGGCCACCAAGUAGUCCAACAAACCUCACAAUCAGAGAUGCCACUGAUACAUCUUUGACUCUACAAUGGAAUGCUCCAGAAAAACCAAAUGGAGAGCUGAAGGGGUACCGGAUAUAUUUUACUCAUGGUAACUACACUGAUAUUCGCAAAGAUACCACCAAUCCUAAGGAUCCUGUCAAGACUUAUGUAUUGAAUGAACUGAAGCCAGAUACACAAUAUUCUAUAACAGUAAAAGCAUUCUCAACUAAACAUGAAGGAAAUAUAUCACAGCCUAUAUUUGGCCGGACAGACAUAAUGGGUCCUAGUUCACCAAUUAUCCGAAAUGUCUCUUGUGAAUAUAACAACUCUAUUACGGUUAAAUUUGAUCGGCCAGAAAGAAUACCAGAUUCUCUGGACAUGUAUUAUAUUGAUACUUAUGAGAAUGGUAUUGCUUUAAAUAAAACAGAAAUGUCUGUAGAGAAGAGAUAUGAAUCAAUCACUUAUGUCAUUAAGAAUGUCACCACUGAUACACAUUAUGAUAUUCAAGUGUAUGCUGCAUCAAAGAGUAACCGGACUGGUCAUUUAGUCAUGGGAGAAAAGUCUAAAUUUGUGCGUGUUUUUGUCUCUGAAGGCUGUUAUAUUCCUUCAGAACCCUUAACUGAGCUUUGGGCAGGAAUUAUGGCUGGCUUUAUGUGUGCAAUUGGAGUGUUGCUUUUGGGAGGUGGAGGAUAUUUAAUUUGGAAGAGAUUCCUACAAGCCCCGUAUUACUAUCUGGAUAAUACGCAGUGCACUCCCGCUCCUCUGGACUGGAACAACAAGCCUGCCAAAAAUGAUCCAGAUCCAGAGAAUCCAGACGACGACAGGAGAGAUUACAGUGGGCCUAUAGAGGUAUCGAGAUUCCCCGAGCACGUCCAAAGACUACAUGCUGACGGAGAUAUUGGAUUUAGCAAGGAGUAUGAUUCUAUCCAAAAUGAUCCGACCAACGAAGGCAAUAGCUCCGAGAAUUCUCAACAUCCAGAAAAUAAACCUAAGAACCGAUAUUUAAAUAUUAUUGCCUAUGAUCACUCUCGCGUCCAGCUGCUACCGAUGCCCGGUCAGAAAGUUUCCACUUAUAUAAACGCUAAUUAUAUUGAUGGAUUUCAAGUGAACCGAGCUUAUAUCGGAACCCAAGGGCCACUUCCAUCGACUUUUGACUGCUUCUGGCGUAUGAUAUGGGAACAGAGAGUAACAAUCAUUGUUAUGAUUACGAAUUUGGUUGAAAGGGGACGGAGAAAAUGUGAUAUGUACUGGCCCAAGGAAGGCUCAGAAAUGUACGGUGUUAUAGAAGUGAAGUUGGUGAAAGAGGAUGUCAUGGCAACUUACACUAUAAGGACCUUGGUGAUCAGGCAUACCAGGGUAAGCAAAAUGGACAAUGUAAAAAGAGCCAAAGAUGCAGCAUUGUUGGAGAAGACAGUUUACCAAUAUCAUUAUACUAAUUGGCCAGAUCAUGGCACUCCAGAUCAUCCAUUACCUGUUAUAAGUUUUAUAAAGAAAUCUUCUGCUGCCAAUCCACCAGAUAGUGGACCUAUAGUCGUCCAUUGCAGUGCUGGUGUUGGCAGGACUGGAACUUAUAUCGUCUUAGAUGCGAUGCUGAAGCAAAUUAAAACUAGGGGAGAAGUGAAUAUAUUCGGGUUUUUGAAACAUAUACGAGCUCAACGUAAUUUUCUCGUGCAGACUGAAGAACAGUAUAUAUUCAUUCAUGAUGCUUUAGUUGAAGCUAUUGAGGGAGGAGAAACGGACAUUCCUCGGGAUCAGGUUUCACGAUAUGUCGAAUUCUUACAAAAUCCAGACAGCAGGAUUGAAGCUGACAAUUCCUGGAAGAGUUUGAGUGAGCAAUUUCAGCAAGUGAUAAAAUUCAAACCAAGAGACAUAUAUCUAGUCUCCGCUAACAAGCCGGUGAACCAGAAGAAAAACCGGUGCGCCAUUCUGAUACCAAUUGAAAGUUCAAGAGUUCACCUGACUCCUCGGCCUGGCGAAGACGGAUCUGAUUAUAUAAACGCUAGUUGGUUACCGGGCUUUCACAGCUUAAGAGAAUUUAUUGUAACUCAGCAUCCAUUGUCGCGCGAAGAUUUCUGGAAAAUGUGUUGGGACCACGCCUGCCAACUGAUCGUCAUGUUGAGUGUAGUUAUGGGAGACGAAUUCCAGACGUUCUGGCCUGAAGGAGAUGAAGUGCUUGAAACGGACGUUUACACAUGCAAACAAAUGAUAAUUAGCCGAUCUUCGCCGUAUAUAGUGAGAGAAUUUUUGCUGAAGUCUGUUCAGGACGAUUACGAAAUUAAAGUGAAAUUUGUUCAGUGCUUAAAUUGGCCACAUCACGGAGUUCCGAGUAUCAAGAAUAUGUACGAUUUACCGAAUUACAUCAUUGAUUUGCAGAAGCAAGGACAAGGACCAAUUUGUGUUGUUGACAGAUUUGGUGGAACUGAUGCAGCCACGUUUUGUUCAUUAGUAACGAUAAAGAAACAUUUAGCUUACGAGCAAAAGGCUGACAUAUACAUGUAUGCGAAAUUAUACCAUAACAAAAGACCAGGCAUAUGGCUUAAUGUGGACGAUUACAUGAAAUUACACCUUUGCGUUCAGGCAGCCUGUUGUGAGACAGAGAAGUACCUUGAUGACGUACCACCAGACAUGUAUACUCUUGCAAAUGGCAUUGCUAAAAACCGUAUUUCUGGCUCCAAUUGUUCUGGAAAGGCGUCGAACUGUUCCGACUCCCAACCAAGCUGUUCUAGAUCUCCAGAUGGUUUCCCUGCUACUGCUGCUGUUUCAGAACUUAGUUGCGACAGACCGUCUACGUCCGAGAUUGGACAUGUUACUACUCUGCACGAACCAAAAGACGAAUUUGAACGAGUUCCACCAGAAGCCAUACCAUUAUUAGAGAAUCUGAAGAAUAGAGUGUAGGUAUUUUUAUUUAUUUUAUAUUCAUAUGCAAGACAAUUCCGAAUUGGAGUUUAAGUAAGACAAGGAGUUGGGUGAUUUUUUUUACAUAUUUAUUCAUUAUCCAAAGCAUAUUUUAAUUAUUCUAUUUAAGGUAGUGUUAAAAUUAUUUAAUAUUUAUAAUUUAUUUUUAAUUUUAUGCUUAUUUAUUUACCUCAGUUGUGGUGCUAUAAUUUUUAGGAUAUUUUAAAAUCGCGGUGCUUAUUUCCAUUUGUUUCAUGCAUCUGAAAUAGUUUGCAUUUAUUUUCACUCUAGAUAGCAUUUUCUAACAAUUUUUAAUGUAUUUGUGUCAAAUAUUAGCGGUAAUAUAUAAACAACCAAAUUAAUGUUUUUCUGUUGUAUCAACAGAAAUAAAUGUUGCAGUUAAAGUGAAACUUUUUGCAACAACCAAGUUGUAUAUUCUUAGUGUUGUAUAUAUAUAAUUUAGUGUCUAUUUAAAAUUGCUGCAUAUUGAUUGCUAGUCAUUUGAACAUUACUUUUUCAUUAAUUUUAAACUAUUAGGCUAAGCGCAAAUUGAGUUGCGUAUAUCGCGUGGGACACGACCUGAAUCGACACGUGUGUCACACGCGCUGCGUGGUGGUCCGCAAAUUGGGAGUCAGUUUUUCAGUAUUGUAUAAAACGUCUGCAUAAAAAUGUCUGAUUCGCCAUCGAAACAAUUAUUUUUACUAAACUUUAGUUCUGAAACAGAAUCAGAUGAUUCCGAAGAAAAAAUGUUACUGUAUUCCAUAAUAAAAAAUAAUGCACGCGACGCGCGUUCAUCAGGUCACGCCGGUCGCGCCGCGCUGCUCUUUGUUGUCAAUUUGCGCUGUUCCAUUUAUUUCUGUAGGUUCCCAAAAAUCGCAUCGCGACAAGUCACGUCACACGCGUUAUCCGCGACUAAAUUUGUGCUUAGCCUUACUGCUGGUCUAUGUUCAUGGUUGACAUCACAUCUUAACAAUAACGAUAAACACUAUACAGGGUGAUUUUUUAUUAUUUAAUCGUUUUUGUAAUUCUAUUAGUAAAAACACAGGGUUCAACAAACACGCUGUUAUAGCACAAAUAUAUUUCAAGAACUCUAAAUUCCCCUUUAUUAUUAUUUUUGGAAUAUACUUAAAAUUGGAACAGAAACUACUGGCUGUAGAUUUUUGUAAGAUAAAUUUAAAACAUCUUUAACUAAAUAGCACAAUUUAAUUAUAGACUUAGGCACAUUUUAACUAGUGAGUGUGAAGACCUACUAUAUUUUGAAAUAGUUGAGGUAGGAGCUCUUUAUUUUUUGUUUGUCGUCCUUCACACUAACUUGUCUGUAUAUAAAGAGGAAAAGGCUUACUUCAAGUAGUAAAAUAGCAUUUAGACUGAACGGAUACUAAUGUCAUUUUUCAUCUCACUAUCCUGGAAAUAAAUUCUUUACUAAGUCUAAAAAUUAUUAAUUAUUUGGUUUAUGACAAUCAUCAAAAUUGUAUAUUUUAUAUUACUAUCAAUACAAUAUCUGUUUAAAAUGAGAUUGUGAGGCGUUAAAAUAAUAUCUUGAAAAAUGAAUAUUAUGUAUUUUUGUUAAGGAAAGUAUGCUGAAACACUAGAAAAUAUAAAUGUUUAGAUUAGCCGAUUGAAUAUAAUAUUUUAAAUGUUAUACAUGUCAAUGCAAAGAUUUUAUAAUUCCAUUUCCGUUCAAUCACUAGAUAAUAGGCCUACUAAUUGUUCAUACCUUUGUAGUAUUUAGAACGAUAAUUUAAUAAUACCAUUUAUAUUUUUCAUUGAAUAAUUCUUACAUAUUUUUUUUUCACAAAUUCCUAAAAGUUAAAACCCUAAACAUUUUUAGCACAUUCAUUAUCGCUUUCAGGAAGCCUAUAUGGUUAGAGUAAAAUUCUUGAAGCGAUAAAAAAAAUAGUUUAUAGACACAGUAAUGAUGUUAUAGCUGUAAAUGCCUAAACUUUUAUGCAUACAGGGCAAAAUAAACCUUUAAAAAGAAUGUUGCAAAGUUGGAUAUUUUAGAAUUUAUAAAUUUUGUCUAAAGAGGUGUAAUAUGGUGUUAAAGAGUUAGUUAUAAGGGUUGUUUUAACAGCUCUGUAUUAAUACAGUUUAAGCUUAACUGAUCUUGUAGAACGUAGAAUAUUUCAAAAGAAUAAAUAUAAAUAUAUGUAUAUUAAUGUAAGUCUUUCUAUUAAUUUAUUUAUAUAUGUUACAUAAUUUAGCGCAGUUUUUUAUAUUUAUAUUUACAUGUAUAUUAUCAUAGGUAUAUUUGGACCAAAAAUUUAGUUGUGCAACUCUUGCUCACUUUCCAAUGCCUCAACAGAAAAUUUAAUAUUGUAUAUUGUUUAAAUAUUUGGAAUACAUCUGUAAAUUUUAUGUUUUUAAACUUUUAUUAGACAAAAUUGAUUUAUUGAUCGCUUCAGAUCCGUCCAUCGGCUUUGAUACUAUUAAAUAUUCUGCUUGGGGUACUGUUCUUCCAUUUAAUUGUUCCUUUUGCUAAUUAAUUUUAUUUUUUAUUUUUUUUUAAGUUUAGAUAAGUUAAAUUGGAUUGUAAAAUUGAAAAGGCUGAAACGUUACGUUACUAAAGCCCAAUCCUACAUCAUAAAAUUCCAAAGUUUUUAUUAAAUUUUUGAUUCUGAUGUUGAUAGGUGUGGGCUUUAGGGUUAGUUUAAUCCAGGCAAGUCAUUAGUUGAGUUAAAAUUAUAUAAAAUUGUAUGUGUACAUAGUUGUAAUUGUGUAUGAACUUGUGACAUUUAAGUGUAUUCAAAAUACAAAUAAAAGUGAGUAAAUAAAUAUAUUAAAAAGUAAAAA